UGCCACCAUGAAGUUUGCUUCCGCGGUCCUCCUCGGCCUUCUUAGCGCCGUCGUCGCCGAGCGCAAGACGUUCACGGCCUACACGCAGCCCAUCACGCUCGAGCAAGGCGGCAUCAGCAACGCCUUCCACGUGCUCAAGAUCCCCAAGGGCCCUAUCGCCGUGUACCGCUUCGCCGGCGACAUUGUCGAGAUCGCCGCCGACGGCACGGUCAUCCCGACGCCGACGUACGAUGCGUACCUGCACCACCACGUCGUGGGCUCGCGCCACCAGCGCUACGCCAACCAAGAAGGCAAGUGGACGCCCAUGAAGCCCAAGGGCGCGUACCGCGGCGUCGGCUUUGGCGCGGGCACCGAGGCGCGCGGGACGCCCCAAGAGUUCCACUACCCGUACGCCUUCUUCACGACCGAGGGCGAGGACGAGUGGAUCGCCAACGUCCACAUCCUCAACACGCGGCAGAUGUCGCCGGCGCAAGCGCACCGGUGCCUCGAGUGCCCGUGCACGGCCGAGGACGACUUCUCCAACGGAACCAUCAACGGCGUCGAGAACCCGCACGAAUGCAGCCCCCAAUUGCUCCACGACAACAACACGGUGUGCAACUUUGAGACGUACACGGGCGGCCUCUGGUGCUGCAACACGGGCGAGUUUUGUCUCGAGAAGCACGAGCUGCCAGCGCCGGCGCCGCCGACGUCGACCUACUACAUGCGCUACACGAUCGACUACGACGACAUUGAGCCCGAGAACAAGGAGCUGUACCUCGCGGGCUGCUGCGAUGCGUCCGGCGACCUUCUCCACCACGGCGCGGUCGAGUACGACGUGCCCCAGUGCAACCCGGCAGAGAACCCGGGGUGCGUGUACACCAUCUCGGCGCGCCAGCACGUGGGCACGGGCAACGUGGUCUUUGACCUCGGCGAGGACUACACGCUCGACGACCGUGAAGUCGAGCUCGUCUACGCCGUCGGGCACCAGCACCGCGCCGGCCUCGGCAUCCACCUCUACAACGACACGACCGACGAGCACAUUUGCUCGUCGCUGCCAACCUACGGCAACGGCACCGUCGCCGGCAACGAGAACGGCUACGUCAUCGCGAUGAGCACGUGCACGUUCGACCCGCCGCUCCGCAUGCGCACCACCGACGUCCUCCGCAUCGUCGCGUCCUACGACAGCACGAUCGCGCACACGGGCGUCAUGAGUCUCUGGUACCUCGCGAUCGCCGACGUGCCCAAGGAGACGACGACCAAGGUGCUGGCGCCGGCGGCGUCCACCGACGGCAACAGCUGGGGCUAUGUCGUCGGCGGGCUUGUCGCCGUGGCGGUUGCGGCAACGGCGGCGGUCGUGUACCGCCGUCACACGCGCCAAGGCUACGCGCAGGUCGAAGGCGAUCUGACGCCCGCGACGCUCUGAUCGUUCAGAGUUGAUAAUGUAUGCUCGGUGGAUUUUGAAUUGGGUU